AUGACAGAGACUCUUAAGAAGCGCAAGCUGACUGCCAGUGGCAGUGACGCUCAAAAAUUUGGGAAAUCCAAGGUUUUGUCACCAUUCCGUAUCGUUGGAAACGUUUCCAAUGCGGUACCUUUUGCAGUUGGAACUUUGGGAUCCACCUUCUACAUUGUCACCAGUGUUGGUAAAAGCUUUCAAAUUUAUGACGCCAACAACCUCCACUUACUAUUUGUGAGCGAAAAGGAGACAGAUGCGUCAAUUACAUGCCUAGCAACGCAUUUUCAUUUCGUUUUUGCUGGUUUUGGCAACAAAGUUGGGGCUUACAGGAGGGGACGUUUGGAGCAUUUGCUUGAAAUGCCAGAUUUUGAUGCUACAGUUAAUGAUAUUUGUGUUUUUGGUGAUUUCAUGUGUGUCUCGACUGAUAAAAAUGUAGUGUACGUUUUCAAACGUAACGGCCAGGACAAAUUCGCCACAGCCUUAUACACCAAGUUUGAAAUUACCAAACUGCAAGGAUCUGACAUCGUUUCCGUUAUUCAUCUGCCUACCUAUUUGAAUAAAAUCGUUGUCGUAACAAAAUCAAAUCUGUUGGUGUACAAUGUGAAGUCCGGUAAGCUUCUUUUCACCGCAGAUGAGUUUCCUUACACUAUAACCACUGCGGAAUGUGCACCUGCUCUCGACAUAAUUGGUUUGGGUUCUGCUUCGGGCGAAGUUAUAUUAUACAAUGUGAAGAAGGGCCGCAAAGUACGGACUAUCAAAACUCCAGUGCCUAUUUCCAGUCUUUCAUUCAGAACAGAUGGGGCUGCCCAUUUGGCUGUGGGCUCUGCCAACGGUGACUUGAUCUUCUAUGAUUUGGAUCGUCGUUCGCGGAUACACAUUUUGAAAAGCGUGCACCGGGAACAGUACGGUGGUAUCUCCAAGGCUUCUUUUUUGAACGGCCAGCCUAUAGUGGUCACAUCCGGGGACGACAAUCAACUGAAGGAAUACAUUUUCGAUCCAUCUCUGUCACAAGGCGACGCAGAAGUCGUGGUCCAGCCACCACGCUUUUUGAGAUCUAGAGGAGGGCAUUCUCAGCCUCCUACAUCCAUUCUUUUCGCCGAUACGGAGUCUCAUUUUCUUCUUUCUGCCUCCUCGGACAGAUCAGUAUGGGGCUUUUCUUUGCGUAAAGAUGCUCAGUCCCAAGAGCUAUCCCAAAGGCUUCACAAGAAAAAAGAUGGGGGCAAACUUGCUGGUAACGUUCUAAAGGAGAAGUUCCCAGAGGUACUUUCCAUGGCUAUUGAAAACGCUAGACAGGGUGAGUGGGAAAAUCUUUUGACCGCUCACAAGGAUGAACAUUUUGCCAGGACAUGGAACCUCGCGACGAAAAGAGUCGGGAGAUGGACGUUGGAUACUAUUGAUGGCGGAUUAGCGAAGUGUGUGGCUAUUUCUGCUUGUGGAAAUUUUGGUUUCGUUGGAUCAUCCAACGGAGGCAUUGGUGUUUACAACUUGCAAAGUGGGCUUCCCCGUAAGAAGUACAAACUACACAAAAAGGCUGUUAGUGGGAUUGCUGUCGAUGGAAUGAACAGAAAAAUGGUAUCUUGUGGUUUGGACGGACUCGUUGGUUUCUACGAUUUCAGCAAAUCGGCGUAUUUGGGAAAGCUACAACUGGAUGUUCCAAUUACCUCUCUCGUCUACCAUAAGUCGUCCGACCUUUUUGCCUUAGCACUCGAUGAUUUCUCAAUUGUGGUUAUCGAUGCCGUGACUCAAAAAGUUGUAAGGCAACUAUGGGGCCAUUCCAACAGGAUCAGUUCUCUGGAUUUUUCGCCUGAUGGGCGGUGGGUAAUUUCAGCUUCUCUAGACUCCUCCGUUAGAACUUGGGAUUUACCGACAGGUCUCUGUAUAGAUGGUAUUCGACUCGACAGCGUUGCGACAAACAUCAGAUUCUCGCCGAACGGUGACUAUGUUGCGACCACUCAUGUGCAUGGAAAUGGUAUCUCGAUCUGGACCAAUCGUGCCCAGUUUAAGCCCUUACCAGCUCGUCAAAUUGAAGAACAAGACUUUGCUCACGUCUCUUUAUACUCGUCGUUUGGAUACGGGCAUGCAUCAAUGCUAGAAGGUGCAUUUGAAAAUGUCCCUUCUAGUGAGGUGUCUGCAGAAGAAUUUGGGCAGUACCAAUCAGUGGAUCAGAUAAAUGCUAACUUGAUAACACUGUCGUUGGGACCAAGAAACAGACUAAAGACUCUCUUAAACUUGGAUGUUAUAAGGCAACGUUCCAAACCUGUAGAACAGCCUAAAAAAGCCGAGAAGGCCCCCUUCUUUCUACAAAUUUCUGGUGAAAAAGUUGGUGACGAUGCUAUCGCGAGGGAGAAUGUUGACUACGAGCAAUCCCGUGCAAAUGCGAGAGUCGAGCAAGAAAAGGAAAAACUGUCCUCCGAUAUGGAAGAAAAGUUACAGAAGCAAAAGCCCGGUAUAGCUACAUUCGAAUCCAAGUUCACCAAACUACUUCGCGAAGGGCACCUGGCAACGAACUACAAAUUAUUCCUGGAGGGUCUGGUGAAUCUGUCGCCAGCAUCUUUAGACAUGGAAAUUAGAUCAUUGAAGUCGUUCGAACCUUUCGAUGAACUUGUGUGGUUCAUGGAGGCCCUCGCACAAGGUCUGAAUUCCAAUGCUAAUUUUGAGUUGUAUGAAGCUUUCAUCAGUUUGCUUUUCAAAGCACACGGCGACGUUCUCCAUGCAAACAGCAACAAUGUAGAACUGAGAAAAGCAUUUGAUCGCCUUCGCGAAGCACAGUCACAGAACAAGAGGCUUGACUCCGUUGUAAAAUACUGCUCGAGUGUUGCGAAUUUUGUUUCAACAGCCUGA